AUGCCAGGAUUACCUGUGCGAGCCCCUAACGGGGUUCCCGUCAAUUCUGUUAACUACGAUCCUCGCGUCGCCGCAUCCUCAAGUACUGUCAGCACAUUCCUCAACCAUAGACAGCCAGCCUGGACCAGCACUGCCGUCGAUUUUACUCCGCGGGCUCCGACAGCACAAGCGCCAGCAUCGGUGGUACCGGCGGCAGAGUCGGCAUCCGGGGAGGUGAUCGCCCCUCGUGCAGGAGGCGCGUCCGCUCAGUUCAGAGGAACGGGACGUCCCCGCGGCCGGCCGCGCAAAUACACAGGCAGAUUGCCCCACGUACAAUACGCCCCCGACGGGACACCCCACCAGGAACACGAGAACGAAGAAGAAGAAGCGGCCCAAGAAGGACAACAACACGAACAACAACGACGGCCAACACACGGACAGGUGGAAAGUGCAUCAUCUGCACAGCCACAACAGGCACACCAACGUGUCUACAGCUCCGGACGAACUGCCCAGACAGCCGCCGUCCUGCUGUCUCCGGCCCCGAGCGACGAGCCGAGUCCUGCCGUUUCGAACUCGAGAGAAAGUCCUCACAUGAACCACGAUGCGCCCGCGCCCUCGCCCCAUCCCGUUGUAGGCGCCCGAUUUGUGCACAGCAUCGACGAUGAUAAUACAGGGCCUACGUCUACAAGGACAGGAAAUAAUGGCUCGGCCCCAACAACUCCUGCGGUCCAACCUUCUGCGAGUCCGUUCUUAGCGCAUCCCCAGCUCCCGCUACAGUCUGCGAAUGCCGCAGCAUCGAUCCCACAUUCUCCUGCGCCUCAGAACCGGUCACUGUCAGCCCAAGGAGCCCCUCGACGCGAUGGCCAAGGCCAGGGUGGGCACACGAUCUCGCCACAAUUGCCCGUGGCGCCGCACCCCGAUGAACAAGCGGCCAAGAGGAGGAGGGUAGAUCUUUCACAGCCUCUUCCAGCCAUCGCGUAUACUCAGUUUCGACAUGUCCUCCAAAAAUACAGGGAGUCACCAGAUGUGGUGGGUACGAUCAAAGAGGGCACCGAAGCUGCUAGAUUUUCGCUCCUAGAGAAGGCGUGCCUUAAGGAGGACGGCUUCUUCCUGGCUCUUCACCAAAUCUACUGCAUGUGGUCAUCGUAUGCGCAAAAUGCAUACGAUGUAUUACCGGAGUGUCCUCCUCAAAGUAUUGAUGAGGGUCUUGGGGUCAUGGAGGGGCUUCUUAAAAAGAAUCUCACCAUCCAGCCCAUGCAUCGACAAUUCUUCGAAAAUUUCCCAGCGCCCAUCAACAAGCUUGAGGCAUCCACGGCAUAUAUUACUGCUGUACGACAAGUAGGAAGAUUCCUGCAUCUGAUCGGGCACAGUUAUGAAACAUUCUUGUCAACAAUCAGGCAGCGUCGGUACCCUUAUCUGGUCGAUGAGCUCUUGAGUCACUGGGAAUGCUACUCGCCGGUCUUGCAGUCAAUCUUGUUUACCGGGUGUCGUAGGAGGAUAGACGUCCCUGACCGCCAUGGCUAUGCUCAAGCCCUCGAGAGUGCUUUCCUGCAGGAUCAAAAGAACUAUGCUUAUCUAUACCAGUUAGGCAACCUCAAUCCCCAACUCUACAGAACUUGGCGAAACCAACAAGGGCUGGAAGCCAAAAACGCUGAUCUGAUUUCGUAUUAUCGCUCACUUCUCAACCAAGUCGGGAUCAAUGCUGGUGCAACCGCCAACGGCAACAAUUCCGUCAGCAACAACGGCAAUAACAGGAGACUGUCCGUUCAGACUACAAGCCCGAUAGUCACUGGUCAGCCGAUGCCAAACAGUGCACCUCCAAAUCAGGCCGCAUUCACGUUUAACAAUGCCACAAAUCCCUACUCUCCAGUUUUUGCACCUAGUAUGGAGGGAGCCAACGCUUUUCCCACUCAGAAUCUACCAUCUGUGCAGCAGUCCCCUUCCAAUCUCUACCCGUUUAUGGUUGCGUCUCGAAGCCCGCAGGACUUGUCCAGUUCGGCGGCCCAAUGGCAGCAACAACAAGGACAGCAACUUCAACAACAGCUGCGGCAACAACAGCUACAGCAUCAACGGCUAGUACAGCAGCAACAGCAACAGCAGCAGCAGCAGCAGCAGCAGCAGCAGCGCCAGCAACGUCCGCUAUAUUCACAACAAGGUGCACAAUACCCAACACAUGCGCCUCAACAGCAUGGUCUACAAAAUCAGCCAUUCAUUCCACAAAUGUGGCAGCAAAUGCAACAGGAAGAGGCUCUCCGACGACAGCAAUUACUGCAGCAACAGCAACAGCAACAGCAGGUAGUGAGUCAAAGGCAGCAAUGGAAUGCGGCUGCGAUGGCCGCGGCCGCCAAUACCACCCCUACGGCUGCGCAACUGUACGCGGCGAGGGCACAAGCGCAACAACAGCUUCAGCCGCAGACCGCGAUGCCCCUCCACGCACAAAUCGCCCCUACUCGUCUUCCCCAAGUCCAAGUCCAGCAGAACCCGCAAAUACAGCAACAACCGCAAAACAUGGUCACAAACGAACCAGCUCCCCCGCGCACCCCAGACCGACCGCUAGUUCCUCCGCAAGGAAAUACAAUCCAACCAUCAGAGUAUGCCUACGAGGCUUCUGAUAGGAGAUCCAUGUUGAUGGCACUGCAUCAAGCUCAUGUCCGAAGCCCCAGACGAGCAGUAGUUGAUGGAGAGCUAGAGCGGAUGUAUCAAGCACUCAAGGAACUAGUCACAAAGCCCACCCAGCUGGCGGAAAAUGUGCGUAUCUACACGGUCCCCUUCCAAGUAACUGAUGAGCAAUAUCGGUUGAGAGUGAUGACCGACAGGCACGGCGCAGCAAUUGCCAGACAACCACAUAAGUCACUGCGCUGGAGAAUUCGCUGUUGUCGAAUCAGGAACCACCAGCAGGGUGUUGUGGCGGAUGAAGUCUGGCAUGCUACCCAGUCGAACUGGCCAGACAUUUUCAUGUCCUUCAACGGUGUUCCUCUCGAAAUUCGGAGGAAAUCCCAUUUUGGGAAGGAUUUGUCCAUUGAGCUUACAGAAAUGAUCCAGUUGGGGAAAAACAAGAUUGAGGCUGUCAUCCAGAACGCCCCAAGCCCUAAUUUCUUCAUCGCGGUGGAGUUAAUUGAGACCUUGAAGCAUUCCACCAUCGUUAGUGACGUUUGGAAGAAUCGGUUGAUUCCCGAGUCGAAAACUCUGCAAAUCAUUAAGGAUCGACUUAGCGGAAGCGGCGCCGAUGAUGAGGUCUCAGUUGCGGUGCCGUACCUGUCCAUUGAUCUCACUGAUCCUUUUUCAUCCGUGAUGUUCAACACACCUGUCCGAGGUGGUGCGUGCACCCACUUGGAGUGUUUUGACCUGAAAACGUUUCUGGACACGAGGCAAGUGUCCAAGGUUCCUUGCGGCCAUGAGGGCAGGGCAUGUGAUUGUCCACCCCAGCCAACAAGCCCGGAUAAGUGGGCCUGUCCGCUUUCGGGCUGUGAUAAAAUAGCAGGCCCAUUCGAUCUGCAAAUCGAUGGUUUCUUGCUCAAUGUCCGUAAGGAGCUGGAACGCACGGGCAGAAAGCUUCAGUAUAGUAAGGCUUUACACGUGGAGGCGGACGGCAAGUGGACCGUUGUUGUGCAGGACGACGACGAGGACUACGAUGAUAGCGAUGGAGAGGGCCUGGAGCUCAGGCCAAAGAAGAUCAAGACCGCAUCGGCGACUCCUGCUCCAGCGCCCAGUGUAGCUGGGUCAUUGUCGAGGAGAUCAGGGCCUCCGCCGAAUGUGGAGGUGAUUGAGAUCGAGGACGACUAG